GGACACGCCGAUUGAACCGUCGCCGAUCUUGCGUACGAUUGCACCAUCGAAACAGGCACUAACGGAAGGUGAACUCGUCACCUUAAUUCAAUACGACCAGUUGGUUAACGGGGAACAACAAUCAAAACCAAACACUGACUAGGGACCCAGCCUUAAGAUGACUGCGGUAGAUUUCUCGAAAAAAACCUUAGUUAUCGUAACCGGUGCAUCUCAAGGUAUCGGUAGGACGAUUGCUGUUGACAUUUCCAAGUCUCUGAUUGCAAAUUCCAAAAUAAUUUUAAUCGCCCGUUCCGAAUCAGGACUAAAUGCCACAAAAGAAUCGAUUGCCAAGGUGAACAAGGCAAUUAACGUCGAGGUCAUUCCAUUAGAUUUAACUAAGCCGAGCCUGGAGGAGUGUUCCAACAUACUCAAAGGGCAUUGCGACGCCCAGCAGGCCAUAAUCUUUCAUAAUGUCGGACAGGUCGGAAAAUUGACCUCUUGUGUUACUUUGACCGACAUUCAGUUGUGGCGAGAUUAUUUCGACUUAAACGUUUUCUCGGUCAGUAUGCUUAAUGGCCUGUUCGUAUCAAGCCUGAAGGGGAAAGUAGACAAGCUGUUUGUCAUUAAUAUAACAUCGCUAUGCGGCAGAAUACCGUUUCGUAAUAUGGCAAUGUACGGCGCGGGAAAAGCGGCACGCUGUCUUUAUUUUCAGGUGUUGGCGGUCGAGGAGGAGGACGUGGUCGUGUUGAAUUACUCCCCCGGACCUGUCGACACGGCGAUGAUUGAGGAAAUCAUAGGCACGGCGGAGAGUAAAGAGCUUAAGGGCGAUUUCAUCUCGAUGAAGGAAACUAAAAAGAUGCUCACUCCGAGCCAGUCAGUUAAUAAACUGCUCUCUGUAUUAAAAUUGGGAAACUACAAGUCGGGGGACACCGUUGAUUAUUAUGACGAAUGAUUGUAUCAAAUAAAAGUCGAAUAAAUCUGCUUUGAAACUUG